UCACCGGGGGCGAAUCGCGCACGCCGCCCACCCUCCUCCCCCUCGCAACGUCGCCAGGUCGCAAACCCUCCGUCGCCACCACCGCCUCCCUCCGCCCCCUCCCUCCUUGCGUGGUCGCAGCCGUCCCGGCCCCCUCCUCCCGGCGCCGGAUCCUCGAGGCCCUCCACUCGCCUCCGCCGCAUCCUCCUGCCGUCGCCGGCGCCGCCCCCGGCUGCCCUCGCCGCCACGGACGUCGACGCCGGCUUCCCUCGGCGCCGCCGCCGCCGCCGCCGCGGUGCGUCGUCAAGGAGGAAUUAAGUCACCAGUGUUUAUGGACUUCACACCAGUAGAGGAUAUUUCCUGCACUGCUUUUGGAAGUCCUGCUUUACUUUGUAUUGCAUUGGUGGAACACAACUUGCCAAAGAAAUGCUGAUGGAUCCUCCUAUUAUGCAAGUGGAGUGCCAGUUGCAGAAUGAUGUGGAGAAAACUUCAUCUAUUGCCUAUGAUAGGAAGCAUACCUUAUCACAUGAAGAUUAUGGGUGGACAGGCUCUGAUGUCCAUCCAACAAAUGAUGCUAUAAUCUGUAACCCUGUUGAGGUUAACAAUGCUUCUCAAACAGGCACAGGUGAGCUAGUUGAUGCUUCUUCUGAAAAUUAUCCUGUUAACUUGGAUGGUUUACCUCAGGCGGCAGAACCAAGAAAAGCGAAGAACAGUGACAAUUCUUGCUCCAAUGAUUUAAGAUGUCAGUUGAAUGUAAGCGCAGGAAAUAAGUGCUCACAAAGUGAGGAUGUCAACUUUAGUAAACAGAGUUUUAGUAAGGUGGAUGUGCAUCAUCUUCAGGAAGAGAGACAUCAUCCUCCCAGUCCCAGUACAGUGUCAUUACUAAGGUCAUCUGAAUCCAAUGGGGAUGUCCUGCCUUCUCAAGAAGAUAAGAUCGCAGAAGAGCGUGUCAAAGUGGAUGAUAGUGUUGGUUCAGCAAGUAAGGAGGUUGGAACUGACUUGGUUGGAUGUCGUGCAGUGCAGAAAGAGUUGCAGUGCACGCUUCAAGAUCUAUCAGAAGUAGCAUGCAGUAUUGAUUUAAUACAUAAUAAAUCUUCUCCGCAGGAAGAGAAUGAGACAUCUGUCUCACCUAUAAAUGACAUGGACCAGAUUGCUCAUAACAAUAGUUGUAAUGGUGCUACUAAUUAUAAAGUGAGCCAGUUGGUUACGGGGAAUGCUGGAGAUGAAGAAGAUCACGCUGCAGCACUUUGGGUGAAGUGGAGGGGAAAAUGGCAAACAGGAAUUCGAUGCUGUAGAGUAGACUGUCCUUUACCUACUCUCAAGGCAAAACCAACACAUGACAGGAAGAGUUACAUUGUUGUUUUCUUCCCACGAACAAGAACUUAUUCUUGGGUAGACAUGCUUCUUGUUCUUCCAAUAGAGGAAUAUCCUUUGCCACUUGUGAAUGGAACUCAUCGUAAAUGGAGAAAGCUGGUGAAGGAUCUGAGUGUUCCUCGACGAUUCAUCAUGCAGAAACUUGCUAUUUCAAUGCUAAAUUUUAGUGAUGAGCUUCAUAUAGAGGCCGUAAUUGAGAAUGCUCGGAAGGCCACAACUUGGAAAGAAUUUGCUCUGGAAGCAUCGUGCUGUAAUGAUUAUACUGAUCUUGGGAAGAUGCUCGUCAAACUUCAAAAUAUGAUUCUUCCGAGCUACAUAAGUUGUGAGUGGCUACAAACUUUUUUUGACCAGUGGAACAAAAAAUGUAAGAAUGCACAUGAUGCCGAGACUGUUGAAAUCCUUUACGAGGAACUUAGGCAGUCUGUUCUCUGGAACAAGGUUGAUGAACUGUGGAAUGCAUCAGUGCAGCCGGAAUUAGUCCCUGAGUGGAAAACAUGGAAACAAGAAGUCAUGAAACUGUUCUUUUCAUCACAUCCAGCAGGUAAUGCUGGCAACUUUGAGAAAAAUAAUCGUUAUGAUGAUCCAGCUAUAGACCAACAAAUUAGUAGAAAGCGGCCAAAACUUGAAGUCCGCAGAGGAGAAACGCAAAUUGCACACAUGGGAGAUGCUAACUGCAGGACUCCAAGUGAGGACCCAAACCGAAAUAACCUCCUUAGUAACUCUGUCAUGCCUGAAACUGUAGGAGCAUUGGAAUCAAGAUAUCAGAAUAACGUUGAUACCUUCCCAAGUAAUGCUGAUGGCCAGGAAAUUGCAGAAUCAGGUAGUGCCAACCCAGCUUUACAGAAUGCCAGACUUGAGUUAGAUUCAUUCAAAAAUUCUCGGCAGUGUUCUGCAUACAUUGAAGCAAAGGGAAGGCAGUGUGGUAGGUGGGCAAAUGAUGGUGAUAUUUACUGUUGUGUGCACCAAAGUAUGCAUUUUGUUGACCAUUCCUCUAGGGACGACAAAGCAUUUACUGUUGAAACUCCAUUGUGCGGUGGUAUGACUAAUAUGGGUAGAAAAUGCAAGCAUCGAGCUCAGCAUGGUUCUAUUUUUUGUAAAAAGCACCGCUUCCAAACAAACCCGGAUACAAUGCACCCUGAAAAUUUAUUGAGUUCAUCUGAGGUUCUCCAUAGGAGGGAAGAAUCUCCAUAUAAAUGGGUACAAGAAAUUUCUAACUCAAGUGCAAUAUACAGUAUAGGUGCGGAAAGGGACAGGAAUUCCCAGGUUGCUGUGCAAGUAAAAUUGGUGCCAACUGUGGCUGCAGAGAUCUCAGGUGAAAAAACUCGUGUAAUGGAGAACACUGAUCGGUGCACUGCGUCAACUUCCAUGGCAAAUACUGAUUUAGAUACUCCUCUUUGUAUUGGGAUUCGCUCUCAUGAUAAUGUUGUUGAAUGCCAGGAUUAUGCCAAGCGUCAUACUCUUUACUGUGAGAAACACCUUCCCAAGUUCCUUAAGCGUGCCAGGGAUGGAAAGAGUCGACUCAUUUCUAAAGAUGUCUUCAUCAAUACAUUGAAGGGGUGCACAUCGAGGAAAGAUAAAAUAUGUUUACACGAAGCUUGUGAAUUUCUUUAUUGGUUCUUGAGAAACAACCUUUCUCAUCAACGCCUAGGUCUUGGUAGUGACCAUAUGCCCCAGAUACUGGCUGAAGUGUCUAAAAAUCCAGACGUUGGAGAGUUUUUGUUAAAGUUGAUAUCUACUGAGAGAGAGAAACUGGAGAAUCUCUGGGGCUUUGGUACAAAUAGAUCUAAGCAAAUAUAUUCUGAAAACCAAGAAGAAUCUGUGGUGCUGUUGCAAGAAGAGGGAACUAAUUCUUCAUAUGGUCUGAAGUGCAAAAUAUGUGGUCACAAGUUCUCUGAUGAUCAAGCUCUUGGAUUGCAUUGGACAGAGGUCCACAAAAAGGAAGCCCGGUGGCUGUUCAGAGGUUAUUCUUGUGCUGCAUGCAUGGACUCAUUUACCAACAAGAAAGUUCUUGAAAGACAUGUACAGGAAAGACAUGGUGCUCAAUAUCUCCAGUAUUCAAUUCUCAUUCGAUGCAUGUCAUGUAACAGCAAUUUUUUGAACACGGAUCUGUUGUACCAUCACAUUGCUUCAGAUCAUGCCCAAGAGUUCAGGCUUCUUGAUAUCCCUCAACGACCUAGAGGUCGAUCUGUUCAACGAACAGAAGGGACAAGUGGUAUGCCCCUUUAUGAUGACUACAACGUUGAGAAGGAUGAUGGUUCACAGAAAUUCACCUGCAGAUUAUGUGGGCUCAGAUUUGAUCUUCUGCCAGAUCUUGGCCGCCACCAUCAAGUUGCUCAUAUGAACCCAGGUACUGUUGGCCACAUGCCACCAGGACAUGGGAAGUACCAGCUUAACCGCGGUCGACACUACUAUUCUGCUUUCAAGAAAAGUUUACGGCCAACAGGUACAAUAAAGAAGAGGAGUAGCUCUGGAAUCGGGAAAAAUUUCAAGUUUCAAAGCUCUGGCCUAUCUAUGGUAACAUCACAAAUAGUUGAAACUGAAACAGCCAGCCUUGGUAAGUUACUGGAUUACCAAUGCUCAGAUGUUGCACAGACUUUAUUUUCGAAGGUUCAAAAGACAAAACCCCAUCCAAGCCACCAUGAUAUUUUAUCUGUUGCCCGCUCUGUAUGCUGUAAGACUAGUCUUCUUGCUGCAUUGGAGGGAAAAUAUGGGUCCUUGCCUGAGAACAUAUUUGUGAAAGCUGCAAAGCUUUGUAGUGACAUUGGCAUCCAAAUUGAAUGGCAUCAAGAGGAAUUCUUGUGCCCUAAAGGUUGUGAGUCUAGAUCUAAUUCAAACGCUUUGCUCCCUAUACAGCCUACUGCAGUUGAUUUUUCUAACACUCCUGUGAUUGAUCCUCCAAAUGAUGAUGAAACGUGGGGCAUGGAAGAAUACCAUUAUGUUCUUGAUUCAAAGCACUUUAGAUGGAAGCUUAAGAAUAAGAGGGUUGUUCUCUGUGAAGAUGUAAGCUUUGGCAGAGAGAAAGCUCCAAUUGUCUGUGUCAUUGAUGUCGAUGCAAAAGAUUCUUUCUGUAUGGAGCCUGAGGAACUUUUGCCUCAUGGCAAUUCCGUGCCUUGGCAAGGUUUUCACUAUAUCACAGAGCGUUUGGUGGAUUCAUCUCUUGUUGAUUCAGAGAACUCUAUGGCUGGGUGUUUAUGUUCUCGUGCCGAAUGCUCUCCUGAGAAAUGCGGUCACAUUAGUCUCUUCGAUAGUGUCUAUGGUAACCUGGUGGAUAUCCAUGGAACACCAAUGCAUGGCAGAUUUGCAUACGAUGAAAAUAGUAAACUUAUUUUGCAGGAAGGGUAUCCAAUAUACGAGUGCAAUUCAUCAUGUACUUGUGACACAUCCUGCCAGAAUAAAGUAUUACAGAAAGGGCUGCUGGUUAAGUUGGAACUCUUCAGAGCUGAGAAUAAGGGUUGGGCUAUUAGAGCUGCUGAACCUAUUCCACAGGGCACCUUUGUCUGCGAGUAUAUUGGUGAGGUUGUGAAGGGUGAUGAGGCCACAAGAAAUGCAGAAAGGGAGGCAAAAGGUGGGUGCAGUUACUUGUUUGACAUCGCUUCUCAGAUUGAUAGGGGAAUAGUUCAGAGUGUAGGGACUAUCGCGUACAUGAUUGAUUCCAGAAGAUAUGGGAAUGUUUCCCGCUUUAUCAAUCAUAGCUGUUCCCCAAAUCUCAGUACCCGUUUGGUUUUGGUGGAGAGCAAAGAUUGCCAGCUUGCUCACAUUGGCUUGUUUGCGAAUCAAGAUAUUGCUAUGGGAGAAGAACUUGCUUAUGAUUACCGACAUAAGCUGCUAGCAGGCGAUGGAUGCCCCUGUCAUUGUGGAGCUAAGAAUUGCCGAGGCCGUGUUUAUUGAUUUUGCAGGGAGACAAAAUAAGGAACCGUUCAUUGCUCAGCUGCAGAUCUUCAGAAGGUUUAACAAUUGUACAGGCCGCUGAGCGGUUUAACAUGUUUUUUUCCUAGAGCUUGAGUGCAGGGUCAGUAGGGUCUCAUUAUUCAUGCAUCCAACAGAGAUUGUGACAGAGGACUGACAGCAGGCAUUAGGCACACCAUAGCAUUGAUUUUAGUCGUGGUACCAUCAUGCUUAACUGAUUAUUCGUUAGAAGCAGUCUGAAAUGGAAGCAAUUCAGGCUGAGUUGUUCGUAGGUGAUAAUUCAGUAUCAUUGUAAAAUACCUUAAUUCAAAUUUUUACUGCUCAUGAGCGCCAUCGUUGAAGUCAAUGAAGUGAACCAAACCGGUUGUCGGAGUUUCGCGUUUGCUGGAAA